AUGUUGCCAUGCGAGACACUGAUAAAAGUUAUCAAUAUGCAGCUUAGGGAAAGCGGAGCGAGACUACUUUCAUCUCUGCAAGAACUCUGCCCAACCCUGUCAGUCGGCCUUAAAACUGAUUUUAGGGAAGGGUUGGAUAGAGUUUCCUCAAUUUUAGUGGCAGAAGCUUUAGCAUGUCACGAGGCUAUUCGGGAAGCUAAGAGACGGGGCCUUAAAUACUGUAUAAUCGAGACUGAUGCAAAGUUAGUUGUUGAUACUCUGAAGACAAAUUCAGUGAAUGUGCCCAAAGAGAUCCAAGCUAUCUUAAGGGCUAUUAAGUUAGAGCUUCAUCGAGAUAGUAGCGUCAAUUUUGUCUAUGCCCUAGGAGUGCAAAUAGGGUUGCAGACUGGGUAUCAAAGGCAGCUAGAUCAUCAAAUGUAUCUAUGGAAUGGGUGA